CGAAAAAUUCUUUCUUUUCGUUUCCGGCUGUCACUUUGUGCGUGUGUCACACGUGAAUUUUUUUAUACAAAAAUCACAAAUUUUUUAAUAAAACAUGGAUAAACCAGUUGUUUGGGCACGUGUUAUCAAAGUUUUGGGCCGCACUGGCUCCCAGGGUCAAUGUACCCAAGUCAAAGUGGAGUUCAUUGGUGAACAAAACCGUCAAAUCAUCCGCAACGUUAAGGGACCCGUUCGUGAAGGCGAUAUCUUGACAUUGUUGGAAUCUGAACGUGAAGCCAGAAGACUUCGCUAGAGAGCUAUGGUGGUCAAAGCUGACUGGAGGGCGGAGUAUGACUUUUGCUGGAUUUAUUGCAAAUUCUGAAAUGGAUUUUAUUUUAUAUUAAAUAUAAAAGUUUCAGUGAUGUUACCAAAAAAAAUAAUGUUUAAUAAAAUAACAAAAGUCCCCUUCGGACAGCUUUGAAGAUGUAAUAAUAAAUAAGAAAA